AUGGACGGGUACAACGCCUACGAUGGCAUCGACGGCGAUGACACAGGCCCAAAGGUCACAAUAAGAGAAAUGGACCGCACCACGAUCAAGUUCAACCUCACCCACACCUCGCUCGCCUUCGCCAACUCAGUACGCCGCGUUAUGCUCGCCGAAAUCCCCACCAUCGCCAUAGACCUCGUCGAAAUCGAGAGCAACACCUCAGUCCUCGCCGACGAAUUCCUAGCCCAUCGCCUCGGCCUGAUACCUCUGAGCACAAAGGGAAUCGAGGAUAUGAUCGAUGCCCGCUCGUGCGACUGCGAUGAGCAGUGCGACCGCUGCACCGUGAUCCUUCGUCUGAGUGCGGUGAAUCGUAGUAGCGACCAGCAUCUGAAGGUGUUCGCAAGAGAUUUAUUCGUUGAAGCGGCAGGUGGCCAGGCAGCAUACAAUCGCGCAAAUGGCGUGCAUGGUUCGUCAUCUGAGGACAUGCCGCCUUUGGGGACGCCCAUCCUCAUGGACAGAGACAACCAAGGGCCGCUGAUUUGCCAGCUGCGGAGGGGUCAGGAAUUGAAGGUGAAGUGCAUGGCGAAGAAGGGAAUCGCAAAGGAGCAUGCGAAGUGGGCACCUACCGCGGCAAUCGGUUUCGAGUACGAUCCUUGGAACAAGCUACGACACACCACGUUAUGGUACGAGACAGAUCCAAAACAAGAGUGGCCAGAGCCAGAGAAGAAUGGACAGUGGGAGGAGCCACCCACAGGAGACGAACGCUUCAACUACGAGGCCGAGCCAGAGACUUUCUACAUCGACCUCGAAGGAACGGGCGUUAUGCCGCCGGACCAAAUUCUGCACUCUGGGAUCCAAGUGCUGCAGAGCAAACUCGCGAGCAUCAUUCGAGACCUGGAUUCUGACAAUCAAAACCAGACCAACGGCUACGAUGGAGGGUUCAGUCCACCGAAUGGUCUCAACGGAGGAGGGCAGAGCGCGUACGGUGCUAAUACUGCGUAUGGUGCUAACACUGCGUAUGGUGCUAGCACUGCGUAUGGUCAGGACCCUGGAUACCAGACCCCUGGCUAUGGUGGCGCGGGAGCCACCUCUGCAUAUGGUGGCAGCGCUACGCCUUACGGACGCCAGCCAUACCCUUGA